AUGGUCUCUCUCCCUCUCAAAGACUGGAAUAGUGGUCUCUGUGAUUGCCUUGAUGAUGCACAUACAUGCUGCUAUGGAUUCUGGUGCUGCCCCUGCAUGGCUUGUUCAAUUUCAGCGAAACAUGGAGAGAACACAUGUCUACCACUGUGUGACAUCCUCAGCCCUGCCAUAUUGUCAACUUGUGGGAUCCCAAUGUGUGUGCCUCCUGCAGCCUUGUCCUUGAGAACAUCCAUUCGUAAAACCUACAAUAUCAAGGGGUCCCUCUGUAAGGACAUUAUUGUUUCCUGUUUCUGCAUGUGGUGCAGCUGGUGUCAGAUGCAUCACGAGGUUAAACAACGAUCAACGCCUGUCGUCAAUGUUAAUAUUCACCAAACUGUUAUCCAACAACCUGCUCCUAUGAUGGAGCAAAGCCCACCUGGCUAUUAUGUAGGUCACCAGAAAAACUUUGCCCAAAUGCAAAGCCCAGAGGUCUAUUAUGUUGGUCAUCAGGAAGAACUUGCACCUGUGCAAAGCCCACCUGAGUAUUAUGUCGCUCAGCAGUGA